CAACAUUUCAAGUUUAUGUUGAACCAUAUGACUGUAUUUAGAGAUGUUCCAAGUUGAAGAGCUGUGUUCAUUGGGAAUAUUUGUUCUGUCAUUACUGGUACUUUUCGUAUAUUUUCAUCAAAUUUGCUUCUUUUUGAUAUCGCUAUACACAGCGUAAGUUCAUUUUUCACACUCUGCAUAUGUAGUCGAUGUUUAUUUUAUCCGAAAAGAUCUGUCGUAUUAACUGAUACCCCAGGAGUGUCAGUUGUCAAACCUCUAAUGGGAGUAGAUGAUUGUCUUCACGAAAACCUAAAAAGUCACUUCACUUUGGACUAUCCUCGAUUUGAACUGUUAUUUUGUGUACAAAAUGAAAAUGAUCCAGUAAUUAGUUUAUUACAAUCAUUAUGUGAACAAUAUCCUCAUGUAAAUAGCAGAUUAUUUAUUGGAGGUAGAGACGGAGUAGUGAAUCCAAUGGUACACAAUAUGGUACCUGCUUACGAGGCUGCAAAAUAUAAUCUUGUUUGGGUGAGCACUAGUCGAGUUAAAGCAUCCGCAGAGGUCAUUUGGGAUUUCGUCUAUAAAGCUCAUGAUCCAUCAGUUGCCAUUGUUCAUCAAUUGCCAUUUUUCGCCGAUCAUUCUGGUUUUGUAGCCGCUAUUGAAAAGGUUACAUUUGGGUGUUAUUUGGCUCGUAGUUAUACUGCUUUGAAUCAAUUAGGCGUGACAUGUUUUACCGGUAUGUCGUAUAUUGUCAAAAAAUCAAUGUUGAAUGAAGUUGGUGGAUUAGCCUAUUUUGGGAAGUAUUUGGCAGAAGAUUAUUUUUUGAGUUCUGCAUUGUGUCAGAAAGGUUAUCGGGUAGUAUUGUCAUCUUAUCCAGUUAUUCAAAAUGUUAGUAAUAGUACAUUAGUAAAUUAUAUCAGGCGAAUGGUUCGUUGGCUUCGGCUACGAUUGAAUAUGUUGCCAUUAGUUUCAGGUGUAUUGGAGCCAUUAUGUGAAUCAAUUACACUUGGUUUAUUAUUUGCAUUAACUAUGCAUUAUUUAUUUGAUAUUCAAAUUAUUUAUUUAAUUAUGAUGCAUUUUACACUUUGGAUACUAUUGGAUUAUACAUUAUUACGUUGUAUACAAAAUUCAAAACUUCCAUUUUCAUUUGCGAAAUUUCUACUAGCUUGGAUUAGUCGUGAAUUAUUAGUCUAUGUUGUUUUUAUUAUUGCUCUAUCUAAUCCAUGGCGCAUUAAAUGGGGUAAUUACACUUAUCGUAUUAAUUUUGGUGGAUUAACUCAACGUUUAUCGUCUAAUAGUACAGUUAUCAAUCAUUAUACCAAUGGUGAUUUCAUGAAAAUAAAUACGGACGUUGCAUCUUAUAAUUAUAAACCUGUGUUUUGUGGUACAUCAAUAGAUGUGCAGAAAGUAUUCAAAAGGCGUACGGUUUCAGAAAAUAUUCACAUGCAAGAUACAAACAGAGUUUUAGAUGAAUUUCGUGAUGAAAAUAGGUUUGAUUGUUUAAAUGAUGAAAUUAUCGAUAAUUCUCAGCCGGAAACUCAUUUGUUUUCAUACACAACGAUGGGAGUAUCACCUGUCAUCCAUGAUAAUAGUAAUGGUAAUAGAAACAUUCCUUUCCAAGUUAAUUCUGGUAACGUAAACGAUAUACUAAGCAGUAGCAUUAUUGAUAAUUUCCCUCCCACCAAAUUUAUCAAUAAAGCGGAUGUAAAACUCAACGGAUCCAAUAAUGAAGCAAUUCAGGUUAAUACACAUAUUGAUAAUUAUACUAAUACCCUUGAUAAUAAUAAUGGAAUCAAUAACAAUGGUGUCAGUGGUAACAGUAAUGAGUUAUAGUCACAAAUAGCUAGUUUGUGAAAUAUUUGCUUUACCAAUUACUGAAUCCAUUACUCUUUUAAAUCAAUUGUAAUACUGUCAUAAUAUAAGUUUGUAAUCGAAAAAUUAUAAAAGAGGAAAUUUUUCUAACUGUCUUCAUAUAUUCACGCCCAACAUACGCUAUGUGUUUUGAAAAAUGCUCUUGUUAUUGAUCUAAAGCAUAGGAGCUUUCGUAACUAUAAUUUUCCCCAAUAAUUGUAGAGUUAUCAUACUUUAGUUCAUUUCGAUUGAUAGAUUAAACUCAUUUUUUCACAAAUAAAUAGUUCAUGUUCAAUACUCAAUUUU